ACCAAUUGAAAUCACGCAUGCGCAGUGCAGACUAAAGAAUUUCCUGUCAAGAUGGCGCUGAGCAGGGGAGCAGGACUGUGGAGGACAUGCUGCAGGUUGUUACCCAAACAACCUCUCCUGUCCCCCGCUGCGGUCCGAACACAGAGCUCCGUGAGCGGGGACCCGGUGCCCCGGACCUCCCUGUCCCGGCCGCCGUGGCCGGAGCAGAUGAGCUUGGUCCCGGAGGAAGAGGAGCGGAGCCGACACGCCGCGGUGGUGAGCACCGUGAACCAGCGGAUCGACCGGCAGGACUUCGGCCGCCUGUUCGCCGUGGUGCACUUCGCCGGCCGCCAGUGGAAGGUCACCGGGGAGGACCUGAUCCUGAUCGAGAACCACAUCGAGGCGGAGUGCGGGGAGCGGAUCCGCCUGGAGAAGGUGCUGCUGGUCGGUGCGGAGGACUUCACCCUGCUGGGCAGGCCUCUGCUGGGGAAGGAGCUGGUCCGGGUCGAGGCCACCGUCUUAGAGAAGACCGAGUCCUGGCCCAAAGUCCACAUGAGGUUCUGGAAGAGACACCGGUCCGAGCGCAAGAGGAUCAUCAUCCAGCCGCAGACGGUGCUCCGGAUCAACAGCAUCGAGCUGGCCCCCAGACUCACAUGAAGAUAACUGGACUAUUUCACACACACAGACUGUUUGUUUGUUUUUCAGUGAAUAUAAAUAUGUGACACAACUGUUCAUGAGUUGCUGUAAUGCAGCAACAAGCUGACUUUUUCCAUAAAACUUGGCCCCACUUGUUGAUUGGGUUUAAAAUAUGUAAAUAAUAAAGCUUCAUCUUUUGCAGUUGA